GUUCUACAGCCAGGACUAGUUCGUGCACGGAGGUCUGGAGCGCGGUAAGAAGCCCGAAACCAAGACCGCUAUGGGUCAGAAGGAGAUCAACGACCGCAUCCAGAAACUACAGUUCCGCGACGCACGCACCAAAAUCAAACAGGUGGACGCCCACCCGACGCUGGGAGGUGGAGUGGUAAUCCAGGUGUCGGGCCAGCUGUCCAACAACGGUGCGCCGAUGCGGCCCUUCAUGCAGACCUUCGUGCUGGCGCCGCAGACGACCCACAACUACUACGUCUAUAACGACAUCUUCCGCUAUCAGGACGAUCUGUUCUCCGAUGACGAGGACGCCGGUGACGGCGCUGCAGAGGCUGAUGACGAGGCUGAGCCCGAGUCGCCGCCGGUGCCGCCGCCAGCCGCCCCCGCCCCCGCCCCGGCUCCCGCUCCCGCUCCCGCCGCCGCCCAGCCGGCCGCCGAGCCGCCGGCGCCUUCCGCCGCCGCGCCCGCUGCCGCUCCGUACGGCCAGCCGGCUCAUAUGAACGGUCACGGCGCCGCCGCCGCUGCUGCGCCGGCCGCUCCGGCGCCGGCCGAGCCGGAGCCCACGCCGCCCGUGUCGCCGCCACCGGCCGAGGAACCGGCCGAACAGCCUGAGGAGCCGCCGGCGGCCAGCCCGCCGCCGCCGCGCCAGCCCUCGCCGCCGCCCCGCCAGCCGUCCCCGCCGCCCGUCUCCAACGAACCCAAGACGUACGCCAACCUGUUCAAGGCCUCGUCUGGCCGGCCGGCGGCUCCGCGCCCGGCGCCGGCCGCCGCCCCGACACCGGCCGCCGCGCCCGCUGACAAGGACCAGUCUCCGCCGUCUCGUCCUCCGGCAGCCCGUCCCAGUUCUGGCAGCACCGGGCCCUCCUCGGCCCGUCCGCCGUCCUCCCGCGCGGAGCCGGCAGAUUCGGGCGCGACUCUGGGCGGAGGGGAUGGGGAGCGGCGCCGCUACACGCAGCCGGACAACCAGCAGAUCUUUGUGGGCAACCUGCCGCAGGAUAUUGGGGAGGAGGAGCUGGCCGAACACUUCAGCUCCUUCGGCGAGGUGGUGGGCGUGAAGAUCCACACGAGCAAGCCGCCGGCCAAGGGCAUCCCGCCGCGCACCUACCCCAACUACGGAUUCGUCGUGUUCGACUCGCAGGCCGCCGUUAACCGUGUUCUCCAUGAGAUGCCGGUGAAGCUGUCCCGGACCGGCGACGAGGAGCACCGCCUCAACAUCGAGCGGAAGCAGCAGCAGCGACCUCCGGGCGAGGGGCGCGGCCGCGGCGACCGGCCCGGCGAGGGGCGCGGCCGCGGCUACUACGGCCGGGGCGCGCCGCGCGGACGGGGCUACGGCCGUGGAGAGUCGCGCGGCGGCCGCGGUGGUAGCUACCAGUCGGCCCCGCGCCGCUGAACGCGCCGCCACCGCCGCGCCGCGCCACUACCGCCGCCACCGAGCGGCGGCGGCCGGCGCGGCGCGGCCGGUGCCUCGACACGCCCUAUUUAUAUUGAGUCCCGGAGGAGGAGGAGGAGGCAGAGCGGGAGGAGGAGCGGAGAGAGCGGCGGAGCAGGCCGGUCUGUGAUGGAGGGCCGCCCCCGCCGCCGCCGCCGCCGCCCGACCCGGCCGGCGUCAAAGUGCCUGAUUUGAGAGUGAGCUACUAGCGUGCGAGUGCGCCCCGUGUGUGCUUUUUUACGUGUGCCGGCGCCGGCUGGCCGGUGGCGGCGGCGGCGGCGGACGCUAGCGCCACCUGUGGGGGGCGGCAGCAGCUCUGUUGUACCGAGCUGCCGCUACGCGGCGCGCCGGGCGGCCCGUCCAAAGACCGGGUCGCUGGCCGGCGUCGGGCCAUCUAGAAACAUUAAACGAUUGUUUUGACCACUUAACAAUUGUGUUGCCCACAUUAUUUGCCUAAUAAUUGUCUGCGUGGCUGGCAGAGCGCCUGUGCGGGUGUAUGUAUGCGUGUGUGUGCGUGCGCGGGUGAUGCGUGUACGCGCCUGUGUGCGCGUGUUCGCUGGUCUUCUCUCAAAGUCUGUGAGUGCGAGCGGUGUGUGUCUGUGUGCGUGCGCGUGAGAGCGGCUGGGCCGUGUGUGGGCGGUUGGCCGUGGUUCGCCGGUCGUCCGCCAGGGGCGCGGCCGUCGCGGUCCGAGGAGGGGAGAGUAGCAGAGCAUUCCGUACACUCUGUCCCUCUCUUUCCCUGUAGGUCUCGGCGGCGCGGAGCGAGCGAGCGAGCGAGUGUAAUUACAGCAAUUACAAACAAACGAUUACAUCAUCAUCAAUAAAAGGCGGAACUGUGCA